CAAGAAGUCAAUUCUUCACAACUGUUUCAGUUUGAAAAAUAUCCUUUUUGGAAGUGGGUAACGUGUAUCAAAGCUUACAAACUUUACUUCUGUACGUUUCUGAAGUAAAAUGAUAGUAAAAUACAUUUGCUCCUAUUUAAAUUUAAAAAUAACGAACUACUUUUAGCGCGAGUUUUAUCCCGCCAUCUGCUGACCGAAAUCUGAACUUAUGAAUCUCAGAAUGUCAAUUUCUGCUAUACUGGCAGAGGAGGACUUUGAUAGUUGUGAGGUUUUAGUUCAUGGUUCUCCCGUUUUUGAGCGCCAUCUUCGGUGAUGCUUUGUUUUGAUUGGCGUUGGUGUGGUCAAAAAUUUUAUUAAAGAAAUUAAAAUAAUGUACCAAACACCGAAAAAAACGAAAUUAACAUCGGGCAAUGAUAGUGACAUCGAAGUAACUCCUACAAAUCGCAUAUUGAAGUCAAAAUCAGUGAAUAUACUCGAAAACCGUUCGAAUAAUGGAAGCCCAACCGUAACCGAGAAAAACCAUGUCUUGUCGCCUAGCGAGAGUCGUAGGGGCCGUCCUAGGGCAGAUUUGUUGAAUACGCUCAUUUUGGAAGGCUCUACAUCCCCUAGUUCCAUUAAGUGCAAAUAUUGCGGCAGGGUUUUUCCACGAGAAAAGUCUCUACAAGCUCAUCUGAGAACUCACACAGGUGAAAAACCUUAUGUCUGCGACUACCCAAGGUGUCCCAGAAAAUUUGCUCAGUCAGGCCAACUGAAGACCCAUCAAAGGUUGCACACUGGCGAGAAGCCAUUCAUAUGUGCUACCCCUAAUUGCUCCAGGAGAUUCACACAUGCCAAUAGACACUGUCCUGAUCACCCUGACGGUCAGCUUAAGAGGUUCAUAAUGAAAACUGAUGCCAAUGUCAACAAAAAGUAUGAUGAGGCACACAAUGCUGAAGUGAGGGAAUGGUUGAAAAAUUGGGAUAGGCGAAAGAAGUCGAGCAGUUCAAACGAGAAUCUAGACACCACACCAAAGAGGUCGAUCUUCAAAAGGGAAGAAUCAGUAUUCAGUAGCGGUAGUUCAGCCUAUUUCUCGGGGUGCUCUCAACACAGCUUAGCUGAUGAUAUUGCAGACUCGCCGAAAUCUGACUUGGAAGACUUGGAUUCAUCCACCUACAGCAGUCUUGAAUCGCCAGAGUUCGAUAUGCAAUCAUCGAAGCCUUCAGAAUUGCCCAAGAAGCGUUGGUUGCGUGAAGCCGUGCAGGACCCCAGUCUCUGGGAGUCCACAAAUGACCUGGCUUGCCCCAUCAACUGGGGAGAAGACGCGUAUGGGGAAAGUACCACUGAGGCAGUACCUAAUGUCAUGCAUGAGAAUCUGAAACGACCAUCGGUCUUGGUUUGUGUCCAAGGUGGUAAAAGUAAAGAGAUUUCUAGCGAGGAAAUACAGGGUGCUAUGGCUCUUGUAGAGCUCAAAAAUGGAUCUACUUGUAAUUUUAACUAUAGGAUCUAGUAUUUGCGAUGGUUAUAACCUAUCUAUAUUUUCUGCGUGCCCACCUAGCGGCGCAGAAUCAGAAUUUGUCGACUGCAUACGUGUUCCUUUACUUGGGGCCUCUUUACUGUGAUAAUGUCGUAUUUGUUUUGACAGUUUCGACUAGUGGUGACAGAUAUUUCACUAACUGUGAUUUAGUAGCUGAUAUUUAUAAUUAUCCAAAGAGCGUCACCUGAACACGAAUUGGGGAGCUAGGCGCUUUGUGACAACGGCAAUGCUAUCAGGAUCACUCAGUUAAUGUUUGAUUGUGCGUGAGAUGUGUAUACGGAGUAGCCGCUAAGGCCCUAAAUCGUAUACCACUGUCCAGAGGCGUAGAAUGCUCCUCAGGGGUUUCAUUUCAAAAUGCGUAGGGGGACCUCACCCAACUAUGGCGAAUCCCAAAUGGAAGGUAAAAUUUGAAUCAUAGAUUUUUACAAAAGAAACAAACGCUUACAUUGAGUAAUAUUUUCACAUAUUGACUAUGGGCGCACGCAUGAUUUUUUUGAGUCGGAAGUGGUGGAUCAUCAGCAAGAUAAAACUUUCUGUAAAAGUGUACCUACCCCUAAGACUUUGAAAAACGAGGGGUAGCAAAUCUUUUCUGAGUGGGGAUUUAGUACUGUGAAUGCGAAAAUUUUAGAAAUGCAGAUAAAUGUUUGCCGUUUUGCGAUGUCGACACCACGUAAAUCCAUGUGGGGUCAUAAAAGGUAAUGCUACUUAAUUUUUUAAAGUUGUUUAAAUGGCAGUUCUGUUAAUUUUACCUUCCACCGACUCGACAGAUGAGGGACCGGAAGUCGUUAUCAGAUGGGUCGUUGCUUGUUGGAAGAAUUUGAAAAGAUACAUACCGUAAGUACAAAAUAAAAUUUCUUUUUAUUUGAUGAUGUUUGGGAUAUUUCUUCAAAAAAUCGGACCGACAGGUGUAAAAAAUGCUACAUUCAGUGUUAUACAAUUUAUAUCCAUCAUUGAAAACCAUCUCGCAAGCGGUGGUAUUAGGAUUUCCCACGUAUUUUCAAGGAAGUUUGAAAACGGUAUAAACAGGUUUUCUUAAAGUUAGGACUUUUCACUACGUUUGAAAUAACAAAGUUAAUUUGCGGUAAAACAUGACGGAAAACGAAAAAAGGAAUUUAAGACUACUACACUACGUAUUUGGUUCCGAAUUCCAAGUCCUGCCCUGUCACAUGUUUUGAUUGUUGUUCGAUUCAAGAACACUAUUUUUGAAUUCUUCAUAAAUUUGCAACAUUUGGGGCUGUGUAGGUCUUGUACUCGGUGCACCCAGACGGCUGUUGCAUGACAUAAACAAACCGACGCAGCUCUGAUAGAAACAUUGAGGACGUUCUGAAUACGCUCGCCGACUAUUAGUAGGUUCUUGAAGAUGCUCACAGUAGACUACUCGUAACAUCAAAUUGGUAACUACGUUAUUGCUGUGGGAAUGUGCCAAUUUCAGUUUUCAAAUGCAAUCAUUAUUGCGAAAAACGCGCUGUCACAAAAUGUGAACAUAUAGAUCGUUGUAUGGGUUUUGGCGGAUCACAGGAAUUGCUUUCAUACAUCCAUCGCCAUCACACAUACAUAUGCAAUCGUCCUCGAUGAGCGGACGGUUGUUUGUGUAACUUCACAGUCUUUUAAUUGUCUCGCCGCCUUAAAAGAUGUUUCGUUAACGUAUAAGUCUUCCGCUGAUUUUCACUGUCAGUUUGACAACUUGCUUGUCGUGGGUGUGCGAUUUGAGUUUGCCUUUUUGUUGAUCGUCAAUAUAAAACAUAACAAUCCUUACAGAUACAAUUAAAAUGUUGUGUUAGAUUUAUUGACGUAAGUAAAAAAAGGUCUUAUUCACGCUCAUGUGUGCAAGAGCAAGUAUAAUUUGCGUUAAGGAUCGGGUUGUGCAGUGUGCCAUUUCCUUUACGGAAGUUACGCAUUGCAUACUUAUUUCGUAUCACCGAAACCAUGAAAAGAACUAUAGCUGUACCAGAGUCUCUCAUUUUACACCUGGCGCCUGGCAACAUCGCGACUUAGCUUGUAUUUUUGUCUGUAGACACUAGACAGAAGCACCUGGUACAUGUAAUAAAAGUAACGGGUAUAAUCAGUAUUGAAAAGUACCUAUCUUUGGCACCACUACCUCACAAUAUGGAGACCUUAAGGAACGACUGACCUAUUUUUUAAUAUUUCUUAUGAGCCGGUACUGGUUCUGAUAUCGCCGCUAGGUGGCGCCUCUGUAAUUUUUUUUGCGAAUAUUUAUCUGGAAGUUGUUACGAUCUAGGAAAUAGAGGCAUGAUUUGAUCUUGUGGCGACUCGUAGAUUCUUGUUGAAAAAUUGCUGAAUUGUGAUUUUAUACGCCAAUAUCAAUCUAAGAUGCUUUGAUAGUCGUCAUUAUCCUAUUGUAGUUGAUGACCUCACAUUUUUUAUUCACUUCAAUUUUAUCAUUAUUUUUUACCUCUAUGCCGAAUCGUAUACACAAUCACUGUCAAAAAUGACAUUUUCUCAGUAUUUUUAUUAAACAUUUUAAUUAGUUACACAGGCACACAAAAUGAAAAUAGUGGUGUUCUUGUAGGUACAUAAAUUUUCACGCUGAUCACGAAUCUGAAGUCAAAAUUGGGGGUCGGUGGCCAGAUAAAAAAGUAAUGCAGGCAUUUUAAAAAAAAAAUAAUUUUGAUGCCUAAAUUACUUUCAUAUAUUUGUCCGUCUUCCCCCAAUUUUGAUUUCAGAUUCAUGUUACAAAAUACAUGGGAAAACAUAGUUGGAUUCCAUCACUUUUUUAUUUUGUGGGCCUGUUAUAAUUAAUAGGUCGUCUUUCACAGGAGCUCUAAACUUUGAAGAGCUGCAUCACACUCCUGGACGAAAACUGAUCUUGUUUUUAGUGAUGCUACUGCAUUGAAAGCCAGAUGGCUCUCGGAACAUUUAUUUACGUACGAAGUUGAAUUUCCAGUUUACAAUCUUGUAUACUUUCUAAAAGUAUAGUUAUAUAUUAAUUCCCUGGCGGCCUCUAUUUCUUAGACUAUUUGUGUGCUUCUUAGAAACGCACUUCAUAUUAUUGUUUUUAAUGUAGUUACUAAGUUAUUCACUAUAUUAUUUUUAUAAACAGGUGGGUACAAAUUUAAGUUUAUAACUUGGAAAUAAAGGCUUUUAUAGGUAUAACACGUAUCAAAUUAUGAUACUUAUUAAAAUGACGAGCUUUUAGAAACAAAAACUACGAUCCUACUAAACGCAUACUGUAUAAAAAAUAAAACCCCAAUUACAAUAGUGUCCGUAGUAGCAGAGGUAUUUUGUAAAGUUGUAAUUUUUGUAGUAUGGAAUUUGGGAAAAGUUAAGUGUAAUUUAUAUCUAUUUUUUACAAAGCAUUUGUAAUUAUUAUCAAAUCUAAACUUCUACAUUUUCUUAUCAGGUUCAAUUUUCUUAUGUAGCUUUCUAGGUACUCACUGUCAAAAUCAUUAGAUUUUUUUGACAUUAGACAACAGUAGAAGUUGACUUAUGCUUACGGAAAUACUUGGAAAUACGCUGCGUGUCAAAGUUACCGCAUCACUAAUUUGAAAGUUGCGAAUUUUGACGUGCAGCAAGUGCUUUUUGUGAAAUUUUUAGGGGUAUAUUCAUCAUUGGUUAACAUAUUCCACAAGAAGAUACCCAAUUAAUUCGAAAGAUGUGCCUGUGCGAAUAGAUGCAUACGCAUCGUGCUUCCGCCAAUCACUUAUGCCUUCAACUAUAUUCGUGUCGACCACCGUCUUUAGGUGUCAAUGUUGCCGUACUCGGGCUGUUGGCGCGCUCUAUGCGAUUUCCUUUUCUUUCAUUGAAACAUUUUAUGAAUACGAAAUCUUGAGUAAUUGCGAGAGGGGUUUAACAGGUUUCUUUGUAAAGGUGCAUGUUUAAUAAAUAAUUUUCUUUAAAAGUAAAAUGGAGUCUGUUUUUAUUACUUCUAAUAUGAUUACUGUUGUCCUGUUUGGCAACAUGGCUGUGACGAUAAAAUUGUAUCUGAACAACGUCCAAAUACAGUAUAUGGUUGGGCAUCUUCCUGGAGAAUAAGUCAAUCAGUGUUUUUACUUUGUAUACUCCACCACCAGUGGAUCUUUGACUGCUCUAUUGUAUUUAUUUCGUUAACUGCUUUAAUUUAUAUUUUUAUCUAUUUGUUGCUUAUCCUUCUGUUGAUUUAUGUAACCUUUAUGUUUAUACUGAUUUUCAUAAAUACAUGUUUUUACAUAUCCAAUAUGAUUUAUUGUAUUGUAAUUAUAUUUUGAAUAAAACCUAUCUAUCACA